AUGAGGAUUUCAGGAGCUUUCGUCGCCGGAGGACUAUUUCAGGUUGCCGCCGCAGCAACAGGGCCAAAUUGGCCCGGUUUUAAAGGACUUCGUUACUUUUUUGCAUUUGGUGACAGCUACACUGCUGUAGGAUUUAAUAGUUGGGCAGGGGUUCCAACGGACACGAACCCUUUGGGCGUGAGCUACCCAGGGUCUACCACAGCUGGGGGAGCAAACUGGGUCGGCUAUCUCACCACACAGUACAAUCAAAGCAAAUUCUGGUCGUUCGACUACGCAGUGUCAGGAAACGAAGUUUCGGGAGUCAGUAACCAAAUCAACGAAGACUUCCUCAAGCCAGGGCGCUGGCAACAAGCCUUCAUACGCUCCGUGGACUGCUACAAUACAUUGUUUUCAACCUUUAUUGGAAUUAAUGACCUAAAGUCGGACCGCUGCCCGUUUAGCAAUAACAAUGCUACACUGGCGUCGCUUGUCACAUCGUGGAACACGCAGUUGAAAACUUCCGCAGAAGCUUUCCAAGCCAAGCACUCCGAUGUCUCCGUCUUUUACUAUGAUUCAUGGUCUUUGUAUACCAAACUUCUUGAUGAUCCGACCCAGUAUGGCUUCACAGAUGACCAAGGUCCACCAUAUAUGGCCGAGGACCUUGCGAAGUUUUUGGCGACCCAAACAGGCAGCGCAACCAACCCUGUGACGACUGCCACUACGAGAACCACUACUAUAACUACAUCUCAAAUCUCGACCACAACCCGGACAACCUCCGCUCCUGCAUCAACCGCCACUGGAACUGUGCCUAAAUGGGGGCAAUGCGGUGGAGCUGGAUAUACUGGUCCCACUACUUGCGUUGCUGGAACUACGUGCACUGUGUCCAACCAAUAUUAUAGCCAAUGCCUUUGA